AUGGACCAAAUUCAAGCGGUACCGGCGAGUUUGCCUCACAUCGUACAAGUGUACCCACCUUCUGUGUCCAUUCACCCAUCUCUGCAUUCUCAGGGAAAGGUUUCGUACCAACAAACAAUCACAUCUGAAUCUCUCCACAUACCAGUAUCAUCACAUAUUCAUGAUAUACACAAUCAGCAUCUUAUAUCACAGAAUCAAACCGUGAUGUCAUGUCAGCAGAUACAUUUGCAGAAUGUUCAGCCGUUGCAAACGCAAAUGCAGUCGCAGGUUUUGCAAAGUGCGGAUAUGUCACAGCAGUUACAAAUAACGUCUCAUGUCAUUUUGCCCCAAGUGCCGAUGUUCAAACAACAUUUGAUUACAAAUAACUUACAGCAGCAGUAUUAUGGACAAUAUGAGACAUAUUUGAAAGACAACCAGUGCGUUCUUGCAAAAGUUGAGCCUGAGGUACAGGUCGUUAGUGAGAAGCAAAUAGACUGUAAGACAGAACAGAAUAAUAGUAAAAUGAUUGAAGUAGAAAUAGUGCCGGUAAAGAAACGUGCCCGCAGUCAAAUACCAAAUCCGAGCAAAUGGGCUUGCAAUGUACGUAAGCAAAAACACCAACGCGGCGAGGCCUACAUUAGCAGAAGGGGUAAAUACGUGCCUGAGAGACAAGUUCGCAACACGAAAGACUGUUUAAAGUCGUGCCGGUACAAAUGUAACGAACGAAUCGACGAUGUCGACCGCCAGCACAUUUUUAACGCAUUUUACUCACUAAACGCUAAUGAAAAGAAACAUUUUUUACUCAAUACGACGGAAAGAAACUACGUGAAGCACAAUAAAAUGUUGGACGGUAAUCACAAACGAAAAUAUUCAUUUAAAUAUUUCUUUUUAGUUAGAGCGGUUAGGCAUACUGUUUGUAAGAAUUUCUAUCUAGGUACGUUGGCGAUAUCACAGAAACCGGUAUACAAUGUACAUUUAAGUAAAUCAGAAAUGAAUUUACCUAAACCAGACGGUAGAGGGUUGUCGGAGGCGAGCACCCAUUCAUUGCCUCAAGAGAUAAAGGACAAAGUGAGGAGACACAUAAUGUCGUUCAGCACAGUCGACUCGAAGCCAAUAAAACAAUUUUCAAGAAAAAAACAGUAUUUAGAGUGUAAUUUGAGUAUAAAACAAAUGUAUAACAUUUAUGUCACGGAAUGUGACAAAGAAAAUAUUGUUCCUGUCAAAGAGUCUAUGUACAGAAAGAUAUUUAAGCAAGAAUUUAAUAUACAUUUUAAGAAAGAUAAGACUGGUCAGCAACUCUGCUAUAGGUGCAAGGGUUCGAUAAAGAAAAAGUGACUGUAUUUUAUCGUUUUGAUGUUAAACAAAAAUUAAAAAAUAUUUUGAUUUUAAUUAUUUGAAAUCUUUAAACCACGUCUAUUGUGAUAAUGAUAUAUUAUUUAUAGGGUACACACAUUCAGAAAAAUUUGAUAUGUAUGUUCUUGCAAACAAAGAGGCAUUAUAAAAAUAUUUAAAAAAAAGCUUAUGUUACAUAUAUCUUUAAAAAAAAUACUUUUAUGGUCUGAUUCGGCUGUUGGUGAUAAACCUAUCUCACGUAUAUCGAAAGAAAAAAAAGCUACAUUCUCGAAGCAAAAUAAGGCUGUAGAAAGGGUUCGCUAGUUCUAACUAAUAAAGUUCUUAACAGUAAAUUUAUUAAUAUUGUAAUGUGGCCAUAUCAUUUAUUAAUUUUAUUAAUACAUGCUUUUAAUGUUGUAUUUAAAAAUAAUUUCACGUAAUUUAUCGAUCAUAGGCAUAUUUUAUUUUAUACAUAGCGCGGUGUCUACACUGUAUAGUAUGAUCUAGGAUCCGAAUUAGGAACGACCGUCAGCCUUGAGUUUAAUGGAUAAAAAAUAUUUUAUAUCCUAAUUUACUACAUUGAAAAAUAAAUUGCUAACGGAUUGGCUGAAAAAUUCCUGACUAGGUUAUAAUUAAAUCUGGAAUGUCAAUUUAUCGUAACGACUUUAGCGAAUGUGACGUUAUCCAAAACAAAAGACAUGCUUCCGAUUUCAAUUGAAUGAACUAAAAGUAAUAGCUAGUCAAAAUAAUUUUAUUUAUAACAGCUGGCAUUUUUACUAUCAUAAGUAUAAGGCUGACACUAAAGUAUAUUUUUAUAAGCUUAAAUGUAUAAGAAAUAAAUUUUUAAAAAACAAA